UCCACUAUUCAAAAUCACCACAAAUCCCUCCUGUCCAAUACCAUAUUGGGAUCAAUUUCCCAUAAUGUUAUCUCCCUCUCUCUCCUCCUUUCUUCUCGGUUCUCCUUCUCCCUAAAUGCCCUCACCAGUCACCACUAUCAAUCAAUUUCCCAUACCCAUUCUCUCUCCCUCCUUCUCCAUGUACCCUCUCACUAUCAAAAUUUACCUCCCUUCUCUCUUCUCCUUUCUUCUACCUGUACGCCCUCACCACCAUCAAUCCAUUUGACAAUUUCCCAUACUCAUUCUCUCUCCCUCUUUCUCCCUGUACCUUCUCACUAUCAAAAUCGAUUCCACCUCCUCUGCCUUUCAAACAAAUGCAGCACCAAAUCAACAAGAGUAGAGGCUCAAGAGGGAUUGUGCGAGAAGGGACCACCGGAGGCUAGAGAGGAAGGGGAUAGCUCGAGCCUCAGAUCCUUGCCUCCUUGGUCGAUCUCACAGAUCUUGUCGAAGGAUCUGGUGGAUCUCACAGAUCUGGUCAAUCUCGAGUAGGGGAUGAGACUGGGCAGGGGAAGGAGACUCGAGCAUGGUAUGAAACUCGGCCCGACGGCGUUCUUGAGCGAGCUCGUCGCCUCGUCCUCUUCGCCGGUCGUCAGAGGCAGGGGUCAGCUGGCAAAGAGAAGAGGAGCGGCGGGGCGUGAAAUUGGAGAAUAAAAGAAACCAAGAAAGCCUUCGAGAAUUCAAUCAGGGAUUAGGGUUUGGCAGUGGGUUUUUCAUUUUUUUUCUCCCUUCAUUUUUGCUGCAUAAGACAGCAGCGUUUCAUUGUAAAAUGCCUACCGCCGGUCCGAACAAAAUCGGGCGGUAUUUCGUUUUGGGCCCGUUAAACCGAAAAAAUUGGCCGAUACGAUAAUUCUGCCACUAAAUUCAUCUCAUCCCGUUUUUUGUCCGAUUUCCGGUUGAACCGGCCGGUACGAUCCGGUUUCCUGGUCCAUGGAAAAGGGUCCAAUUAGUUUCCCUAAGGAUGGAUGCAAAUGGAGUAGUACUUGGUACUUGCUCGACCCACUAGUUAUUGGGCUUCUUUCACUUGGGCUUUCUCCAGCCCAAUCGGUACAUAUCUCUUCAUGAAAUUGACGAUCCAUUUUAGAUCAUAGUUUACCUUGUAGACAUAGGAUUCUAACCUAUAUGACUAGAGAGUAGAGACAUUAUCAUCGUAUUCCAAUUAAGUUUCUACGUGUGCCAAGAUUAUAAAAUGGUAUCCGAGAUAAUACCGAAAAAGUCAGCACCAUAAAUUUAAAGAGCAGCGCGGCCUCCCGCUCCAGACAGUGGAGGGAUAACAGGCCGGUGGUUCUCAGGCCCAUAUAAGCUUGUCGGGCUGUCCAAACUUGACCAUCACUUUUUGGUUUUGAUUACAAACUUGGAAUCCAAGCUACCUAGAUUUAAAGCUUACACAACAAAAACAUUGCAUAAGCAAAUAGACCAAAUUGUAGAAAAAAUAAUUUAAUAGUGUGUAAACUUAAAGGAGUCUCGUGCUAACUCAUGAGCGGGAUAUGAAUGCUACUCUCACGGCGGAGGUCCUCCCAAGUGAAAUCCGUCAAACGGUAUUCGCGAUGGGGUCAAAACAGGAUCCUAGAUCUGAUGGUUUCACGGGGAAGUUUUUCAAAGCCUUUCGGGGUAUUGUUGGGGCCUCUGUAAUUGAAGCAGACAAAUCAUUCUUUGCUACCGGCGAUUUGAGGGAGAUGCAACAUUGGUGAUUGAGAAAAUCUUGCGUGGCGAUACCGGCGACAACCAAGUAUGGGUUAUUCUGGAAGAAGUUAUUCAAAUGCUUGGUUUGAGGAUGGGUUUUAGUUUGCGAUUUGUAGGUCAUAGUAGCAAUAAGGUAGCUCAUGUGGUGGCUAGAAAGGCCCUAUCAUUGUUCCCGACUGCAAGUCGUUCAUUUGAUUUUCAGGCCUGGCUGAAUUCCAGGAUGUUACUAUCUUUGUUUCAAUCUAUAUAUGAUUAUCUUUUGUAAAAAAAACUCAUGAGUCGG